AUGAGCUCCUGGAUGCUUCAGCAGCUGAGUAGGUGUAAAUCAGCUGAUCCAGACUGUAGGAAAACUGAUCUAAAUAUAGCAGCAGGUGGUGGAGGACUGUCAGACUGUUAUCAGGUGGAGAAAACCAAAGAUAUCCUCAAUAAACCCACCAAGCAGACCAUACUGGACUCCAGUAAACUCACUAAACAGACCGUACUGGACUCCAGUAAACCCACUAAACAGACCGUACUGGACUCCAGUAAACCCACUAAACAGACCGUACUGGACUCCAGUAAACCCACUAAACAGACCGUACUGGACUCCAGUAAACCCACUAAACAGACAAUACUGGACUCCAGUAAACCCACUAAACAGACAAUACUGGACUCCAGUAAACCCACUAAACAGACCGUACUGGACUCCAGUAAACCCACUAAACAGACAAUACUGGACUCCAGUAAACCCACUAAACAGACCGUACUGGACUCCAGUAAACCCACUAAACAGACCGUACUGGACUCCAGUAAACCCACUAAACAGACAAUACUGGACUCCAGUAAACCCACUAAACAGACCGUACUGGACUCCAGUAAACCCACUAAACAGACCGUACUGGACUCCAGUAAACCCACUAAACAGACCGUACUGGACUCCAGUAAACCCACUAAACAGACCGUACUGGACUCCAGUAAACCCACUAAACAGACAAUACUGGACUCCAGUAAACCCACUAAACAGACCGUACUGGACUCCAGUAAACCCACUAAACAGACCGUACUGGACUCCAGUAAACCCACUAAACAGACAAUACUGGACUCCAGUAAACCCACUAAACAGACAAUACUGGACUCCAGUAAACCCACUAAACAGACCGUACUGGACUCCAGUAAACCCACUAAACAGACCGUACUGGACUCCAGUAAACCCACUAAACAGACAAUACUGGACUCCAGUAAACCCACUAAACAGACAAUACUGGACUCCAGUAAACCCACUAAACAGACAAUACUGGACUCCAGUAAACCCACUAAACAGACCGUACUGGACUCCAGUAAACCCACUAAACAGACAAUACUGGACUCCAGUAAACCCACUAAACAGACCGUACUGGACUCCAGUAAACCCACUAAACAGACCGUACUGGACUCCAGUAAACCCACUAAACAGACAAUACUGGACUCCAGUAAACCCACUAAACAGACCGUACUGGACUCCAGUAAACCCACUAAACAGACCGUACUGGACUCCAGUAAACCCACUAAACAGACCGUACUGGACUCCAGUAAACCCACUAAACAGACCGUACUGGACUCCAGUAAACCCACUAAACAGACCGUACUGGACUCCAGUAAACCCACUAAACAGACAAUACUGGACUCCAGUAAACCCACUAAACAGACCGUACUGGACUCCAGUAAACCCACUAAACAGACCACACUGGACUCCAGCUGCAGGUCAAGAUUCAUUCUGCUGGUUAUAAGACACUAUUCAGACAUUUAA